UUUUCAUCUAAAAUCCUCGAAAACAUCAUCUGGGUCUUUCUAAAACAUGCUGUAAACAUCAAUUUUGACCUAAAAAACACUUAAUUUGGUUAAUUUUUGAGGUCUGAAGAAACAAAAAUGGCGUCUUCUGAUAAUUUGAUGACAAUGGAGCAAUGGGGUUUUCGUUCUGCUUUUAACGAUGCAUGGUUUACCGAUAUCUUCGCUAAAGAAACUGAAACCUUAACGAAAGUCUUGCAGAAAUCAUAUACCGGCGAAGGGAAUGAGGUUGUUAUGCCUAUUGUCGAAAUGGGUUCCCCGUUUUUAACUCCGAGUGCAUCUGGGCCGACGUUUUCCGGUGGGUCGGAGAACGACGCUGCUUCAACCGGAGCUUCUGGUUCGAUGAAGCGGCGGAAUGGUGGUGGUGGAGUGAGCAAAAAGAUCGUGAAGCGUAAGCCACGCGCUUCGAAGCGCGCGUCGACUACGUACAUAACGGCGGACGUCGAUAGUUUCCGGCAGAUGGUGCAGCAGGUGACCGGAGCUAGAAUCUCCGGGAACGGGCAGUUGUCGGUUUCUUCUAUUUUGAAGCCGGAGCCGAGGCGACCGGUUGACCGGGUACAGCCGGUGAGCUGUUUGCCUACUCUUGACACGUCAGCUUUUCUACUGGACCCCACUUCAUCGUUCAUGCAUCCUCCACCGGCGGUGGCCGGGAGUGUCGCCGCCGUACGUCAGCCGUCUGCGGUGGUGGUUGACGGUGGCUAUGGUUUUGACUCUUUUUGUGGCUUUCCUACCCUUGAAUCAGGAAUGUAAUGCUAAUGAAGUUAGUAGUAUUAUUAGGGACUUUGUUGUAAUUUCACCUUUGUAGUUUAGGGGAGGGGUAAAAUGGGAAAAAUCAGAUCUGUUUAUAGUUUGAUGUUAGCUUGGGGGAUACAAUGUUUUGAUGUUGAAAUUAAUUAUUAUAAGAUGUUUUUUUCCAAAAAAAAAUGGUUUAAUUUUGGUUAAAAGAAAGUAGAAUGUGUAUUUAGUUGGUUAAUU